AUGGGGCGCGUGCGUACAAGGACCGUCAAGCGUGCCGCUCGACAGAUUGUCGAGAAGUACUACGCCAAGCUGACUCUGGACUUCCAGAUCAACAAGAAAAUCUCUGAAGAGGUCGCCGUUAUCCCCUCGAAGCGCAUGAGGAACCGUGUUGCUGGAUUCGUUACCCAUUUGAUGAAGAGAAUCCAGAAGGGGCCGGUGCGUGGCAUUUCCCUCAAGCUGCAAGAAGAGGAGCGUGAACGCCGCAUGGAUUUCGUCCCGGAGCGAUCUGAGGUUGAUGUUGCGACAAUCAGUAUCGACCAGGAUGCUUCCGACAUGCUGCGCGCACUGGAUAUCAACCUGCCCAACGUCGUUGUCCCGAACGCUGGCCGGCCGUCGAACAACCAGGGCCGAAGAGCCUAA